AUGCGCGUCCUCGCUGUCGCGCUCGCAGCGGCGUUGUUCAUGUUCGGGACCACCACUGCUGCACCCACCGUGACGGGGAACGCGGAUGUCGUCAUCAAAAAUACGCACCCUCUGAUCCAUCAUAACGGGCGAUGGGACAAGUCCCCGGGAACGUGGUGGGCGGGUUCGGGCUUCAAGAUUCGCGUCCAGGACCUCAAGGAGCUCAAGCUUAAGCUCGGGGAGCACACGACGGCGCCUCUCGUGAGCCUCGGGGUGUCGGUCAACUACGAGCCGUUCUUCCAGGUCAACGCCUCGGAGGGCACAAACGUUAUUCCGCUCAGCAACAAGUCCGUCAUGGAAAACACGAUGUUGCCGUCGAAGCCGAGCGUUGUCCGUAUCAAUGUCGAGGGAUGGCAGAAUAACCGCAUGAACCUGGAGGAGAUCAUCCUAAACCCCGGCGCGAAACUUCUGAAAUACACCCCUUCGAAGCUCGCCUUCCAGUUUAUUGGCGACUCCUUGUCCGCUGUGAGUGUCGGUUCCGGCUCACAGGGCCAGUUCCUUCCUGAAGGCGUCGACCAGGCUUGGACGUUCCUAACCGGCGAAAACUUCAAAGCUGAGCACAACGUGAACGCACAACCUGGCGCCGCUCUUAAGGAUAUUGUUUCUUACGGCAACCAACAUGGCGUCUCAUACCAAUAUUUCAAGACUGAGGACACAGGAUACUACUAUACGCCCGACCAUAACUAUACGACUCCAUGGAACUUUGCUCGCGACCAGCCGGAGCCUACUCAUAUUGUGAUCCAUAUCGGCGCGAAUGACGCAUCGCAGAAUGUCACUGCCGAUGACUUCGUAGAGACGUAUCUCUCCUUCCUUCAGCGCUUGCGCAAGCUCUACCUUUUCCAGCCUAUCUUCAUCUUCACUCCGUGGGGCUGGCCUGCCGCCGAUGGUACCGUCAGCUACUACUACGAGGGCCAAUACCAGCGUAUAGUCAACACGAGAGUCCAAAGCGGAGACAUUCGCACGUACCUCGUCGAUACCACCGGCUGGGUGACCUGGGACGACGUCUUCCCAGACAACACCCACCCGAACGUCGCGGGCCACGCCAAGAUCGCAAACCUCUUCUCGAAAUGGCUAGAGGCGUGGGGCCUUCUUCCUCUGGACAGUUGGUCGACGCCUCUCUCACCCUCGUGA